AUGCGUGCGACCAGAUUUGGCUUCAUAUUUGUGAUGGUGACCACUAUUAAAUUAUAUAGAUACACAAAUAUCUCGUUUGCGGACGACCUUCUGAUCUUCUUAGAUGGGGAAAUUGAAUCGGUCCAAAGAGUGCUUCAGAUUCUCCACGAGUUUGAGAAACGGUCUGGUCUUGCGGUAAGCAUGCAGAAGACAAGCUUCUUUGCAUCGGGUCUCUCUGUCGAGGAAGUCGCGGCAAUUCAGGUUUCCACUGGCAUGCAAUGCGGGUCUCUGCCAAUGAGAUACUUGGGUGUUCCCCUCUGCACGAAGAAGCUCAACAUUCAGAACUGUGAACCUCUCCUGCAACAGAUCAAAAAACGCUUCUCCUCUUGGUCUGCAAAAGCCCUCUCCUUUGCGGGUCGUUUACUGCUCAUAAAAACUGUCAUUGCAGGAGUCUCCACUUUUUGGUGCUCUUCAUUUAUUUUGCCGAAAGCCUGCAUCAAUAAGAUCAACUCUUUAUGUAACUUAUUCUUGUGGAAAGGCAAGAGUGAGGGAACAUAUAAUGCAAGGGUGGGUUGGGAAACAGUAACUCUUACCAAGGAUCAAGGAGGCCUAGGAGUGAAAGAUCUUCACAAAUGGAACAUGGCGUGCAUCUUGAAGCUCAUCUGGAUGCUCUUCUUUCGACCUGAUUCAGUUUGGGUUAGUUGGUUCAAGGAAGUCAUUUUGAAUGGAGAUGUGAGUAAUUAUUGGACGGUACGAACGAACUCUUCUUACUCGUGGAUGGUUAACAAGUUGAUAAAAGCGAGGGAGCUAGUAUAUCCUCUUCUUAGAAGACGCCUGGGAGAUGGAGCGACAACAUACUUUUGGGAGGAUAAUUGGUCGCCGUUUGGUAGCCUAAGUCUGUUCUUAAAUGCAAGAUCCUCUAGACUUGGCAUCCCUCAGACGGCGACAAUUGCUUCCCUCUACUCUAACGGACGGUGGCGCCUUCCACCGGCUCGAACGGAGGAUCAACUAGCUCUGCAGAUUCAUCUCACAACUAUUACAUUGGAGGAAAGAGAGGACUAUUAUGAGUGGGAAGUGGAGGGAAGAUUCCGAAGUAAGUACAGCAUGGGAGAGAUUUACACUUACCUGAAAGGACCACACCAAACGGUCUCAUGGUCGAAGGUGGUUUGGUCUUCUUAUGGGAUCCCGCGACAAAGUUUCUUAAUGUGGCUUGUGCUACUUGACCGAUGUCCUACAAAGAAUAGAUUGAUCAGUUGGGGGAUUCAAGUGAACCCAAAUUGUCUCCUCUGCAACAAUUAUCAUGAGAGUAGGGAUCAUCUAUUUUUUGGAUGUACUUACUCUUUUCAAAUAUGGAGAGUGAUCGCAGGAAGGUGUCAACUACAAGCCAUGACCGACUGGGACUCAACACUGCUGCAACUAGAAACGCUGGGGAGGAAUAAAGAUCUAAAGCGACUCACGAUCUUAGCGGCUCAAGCCACGAUCUACUGGAUAUGGCGAGAGAGAAACUUGCGGCUCCACCAACAAACCUUCAAAACAUCUGACGCCAUUGUUUCCACCAUCGCCAAGCAGAUAACAAAUCGCCUUCAAAGCAUCCGACUCCAGAACCCGAGAGCUUCUUCUGCAAUGACACAACUAUGGUUUCUUCAUUCUUGA